AUGGAAAUUGGCACAUUCCUACUUUGCCAUGGCCUACCAUUUGUAUUGAUAAUGACAAUAAUUUCGAGAACAAUCAAACAGAUCGAGAAACAGACUUGUAAUGAGAAAGAAGAGAUUGAGGAAGAGAGUGAUUCUCAAUUGAAACAAACCUAUUGUGCAAUAUGUAUGGACGAAAAACCUAUUGAAGAAAUGUUCGAAAACCGAAAUUGUUCACACACUUUUUGUGAAACUUGUGUUGGAAGUUAUCUAGCUGCUAAAAUUAAAGAGAAUAUAGCAAUGGUAAAAUGUCCUGAUCCAAACUGCAACGAUAUUUUGGAACCUAAUGAUUGUAUUUCAAUUAUACCAAAAGAUGUGUUUGAAAGAUGGGAAAAUGCACUAUGUGAGAAUUUGGUGUUAGGAUCACAAAAAUUUUAUUGUCCUUUUAAUGAUUGUUCAGCUAUGUUGGUGAAUGAUGGAAAUGAAGUUGUGACGGUUUCGGAAUGUCCACAUUGUCAUAGAUUGUUUUGUGCACAAUGUAAAGUUUCAUGGCAUGCAGGAGUCGAUUGUACGGGGUUUCAAAGCUCAAAAAAUGGCGAUCAGGGGUGGCAAUCAGAUCUAACGGCUUUGCAAUUUGCUAAGAAAAAGAAGUGGAAAAGAUGUUCAAAAUGCAGCUUCUAUGUGGAAAGAAGUGAAGGAUGUAAUAAAAUUACAUGCAGGUGUCGUCAUCAAUUUUGCUAUGUUUGUGGAUCCGAUUGGAAGCCGUCGCAUCAUGAUUGUAAAGAAAUUCGAUAA